ACAAAGGCUCCAGUCCCUAUGGUGCUGACUGAUGGCCCCAAGUGGUUGCUGGAUGUGACUUGGCAAGGAGUAGAAGACAACAAGAACAACUGCAUCGUGUACAGCAAAGGGGGCCAGCUUUGGUGUACCACUACUAAAACCAUCUCUGAGGGUGAAGAGCUAAUUGCCUUUGUUGUGGAUUUUGACUCAAGGCUACAAGCCGCCAGUCAGAUGACUCUUACAGAAGGAAUGUAUCCUGCACGUCUGUUGGACUCAAUACAACUGCUCCCUCAACAAGCUGCUAUGGCAUCUAUUUUGCCUACAGCCAUUGUCAACAAGGAUAUAUUCCCUUGCAAAUCCUGUGGCAUUUGGUAUCGAAGUGAGCGGAAUUUGCAGGCCCAUCUCAUGUACUAUUGCAGUGGAAGGCAAAGAGAAGGAUCUCAGAUGUCAGAGGAGAAUGAAGAUAGUGCUCAUCAGAUAUCCAGUGUUUGCCCCUUUCCCCAAUGCACGAAAAGUUUUUCUAAUGCAAGAGCUCUGGAAAUGCACCUAAAUUCUCACAGUGGAGUGAAAAUGGAAGAAUUUCUCCCGCCUGGUGCUAAUCUGAAAUGCACAGUUUGUAACUACACAGCAGACUCAGUGAUUAACUUCCAUCAGCAUCUGUUUUCACAUCUCACUCAAGCUGCCUUUAGAUGCAAUCACUGCCAUUUUGGCUUCCAAACUCAGAGGGAGCUACUUCAGCACCAAGAGCUACAUGUCUCUGGCAACAAGCUGCAAAGAGAAAGUGACAUUGAGCCCUCUCCAGGUGGCACUGAAGAAGCUUUACAGCCAGCAACAGAUCUUUUGAACAGAAAUGAAGUCCCCCUGAGCCAAAAGACCAUGCAGACUAAGGAUGCAAGUUCAGACACUGAGCUUGACAAAUGUGAAAAAAAGACUCCACUUUUCCUUCCAGCCCAGAGGCCAGAAACACAGCCUGCAACAAAUAAACAAAGUUUUUCAUACACUAAAAUAAAAUCUGAACCAUCUAGUCCAAGACUUGCCUCAUCCCCAGUUCAGCCUAACAUUGGACCUUCUUUUCCUAUGGGACCUUUUCUCUCUCAGUUUGCUUUUCCACAGGACAUCACAGUGGUUCCUCAGGCUUCAGAAAUCUUAGCCAAAAUGUCUGAACUGGUACACCGAAGACUGAGGCAUGGCAGUAGCAGUUAUCCUCCUGUAAUUUAUAGUCCAUUGAUGCCAAAAGGAGCUACCUGUUUUGAGUGUAACAUAACGUUCAACAAUCUGGACAACUACUUAGUACAUAAAAAACAUUACUGCAGCAGCCGAUGGCAGCAGAUGGCAAAGUCACCCGAUUUUUCCAGCAUUUCUGAAAAAAUGCCUGAGGCUGUAAGUCCUAACAAUGGCCAAAGUUCAAUAAACAUUCUGAAUACUACUCCCCACACUUCAGAUGCAGAGAAUCAGCUUCUUCAGACAUCUUGCAUCAACUCCUCCUCUGUGUUAGAUUUGAUUGGGCCAAACAGUAAGGGUCAUGAAAAAGAUUUUUCUGCACAGACGAAGAAGCUUUCAGCUGCAGCCAGUACUGAUGAGAAAAUUAAUGGAAAACCUGCUGAUGUGAAGAACCCUAAUGCUGCUUUAGUAGAAGGAGAAAGUGAUCCCAAUAAAACCACAUGUGAAGCUUGCAAUAUUACUUUCAGCAGACAUGAAACUUACAUGGUCCACAAACAGUAUUACUGUGCCACACGCCAUGAUCCUCCACUGAAGAGAUCUGCUUCCAGCAAAGUGCCUGCUAUGCAGAGAACAAUGCGUACACGUAAAAGAAGGAAGAUGUAUGAGAUGUGCCUACCAGAGCAGGAACAAAGGCCACAGCUGGCUCAGCAGCGGUUUCUUGAAGUGGCUAAUCUUGGCAACCCUUGCACAUCCACUCAAGAAUCAACAGAAGGUCUUGGAGAAUGUUACCAUCCGCGCUGUGAUAUCUUUCCAGGAAUAGUCUCCAAGCAUCUAGAAACAUCGUUGUCCAUUAACAAAUGUAUUCCAGUUUCAAAAUGUGACACUUCACACUCCACAGUUUCUUGCUUGGAGAUGGAUGUGCCCAUAGAUCUCAGCAAAAAAUGUUUAUCGCAGUCAGACAGGACAUCCACCUCUCCAAAAAGGCUGCUGGACUACCAUGAGUGCACAGUUUGCAAGAUCAGUUUCAACAAGGUAGAGAACUACCUGGCCCAUAAGCAAAAUUUUUGCCCUGUCACUGCACAUCAGCGUAAUGACCUGGGACAGCUUGAGAGCAAAGUGUUUCAAAACCCAGAAAGUGAACGAAACAGUCCUGAUGUCAGUUAUGAAAGAAGCAUAAUCAAAUGUGAAAAAAAUGGAAACUCCAAACAGUCUUCUCCCAAUGGAAACUUGUUUUCUACACAUUUAGCAACUCUUCAAGGACUUAAAGUCUUUAGUGAAGCAGCCCAGCUUAUUGCUACAAAAGAAGAAAACAAACAUUUGUUUCUUCCACAAUGCCUUUACCCUGGAGCAAUAAAGAAAGCUAAAGGAGCUGAUCAGCUUUCUCCAUAUUAUGGAAUAAAGCCAAGUGAUUACAUUUCUGGUUCCCUUGUCAUUCAUAACACUGAUUUAGAUCAAAGCACAAACACAGAAGUUGAAUCUCCUAAAGGCCAGAUACCUUCAAAUGGGUGUGCUGUGCAGAAGAAAGAGUCUCUUCCAUUAUUGCCAAAAAACAGAGGCAUGGUAAUAGUUAAUGGUGGACUAAAACAGGAAGAGAGGCCUGCAACAAACCAACAACAAGAGAACAUUUCCCAGAAUCCUCAACAUGAAGAUGGGCACAAGUCUCCCUCUUGGAUCUCUGAGAAUCCUUUAGCUGCAAAUGAAAAUGUCUCUCCAGCAAUUCCUACUGCUGAGGAACAGUUGUCUAGUAUAGCAAAAGGUGUUAAUGGUUCUACCCAGGCCCCAACCAGCGGGAAAUAUUGCCGACUGUGUGACAUCCAGUUCAACAACCUUUCAAACUUUAUAACUCACAAGAAGUUUUAUUGCUCAUCACAUGCAGCAGAACAUGUCAAAUGAAACAAUCAGUCACCUUUGGUACCUGUGUUUAGUAUAUUGUUCCAUAAAGGUUAAAGAAAGCUGUUUGAAUUACAUCUGGACAAUCAGGAGAUAAUUCAUAAUUGCUGAGUUGACUUCAAGGUGUAAUUUCAUUACAGUCCAUUAGUAAAGUGUAUUAUUGGUGCCAUUUUCAAAAUAUUAAUUUAUUUUACCAGAAGUAUUCAUAGCUGUAGUUAUGUUAUUUUUUAUUUAAAAACUUUAUAUUAAAGUCAUUUGUAAUGUUAUUGUAUAGUUAUUGUGUAGCACAUAUGGUUUGCACUGUAUAGUAGAUUUUAAAGAAAAUAGUCACAAACAAUACAGAAAUCAUUUAGGAAUAGCUUCAAAAGCACUUGUGUAGCCUGAUUUUUUUCUUAUAUGCUGUUGCAGAUAUACGUAUAUGCUAAAAUAUAACUUGCAAAAAAGUUUCAUCUAUGCUUUAAAGUUCGCCUUAAAAUUUCAAUUUCUGAACUAUUGGGCUCAGUUUGCACUUUAUAUUUUAGCAAAUACAGUACUUUAGUAAUUAGGCUUUGCAUUUGUAUGUAGCAGUAUGUUUCUGUCCACUUUCUUAAUCUGAAACGUACGUUAAAUGAAGAUGGCAAUUUUUUUCUUGUAUAGUACUUGUAUUUUCUUUCGCUGAUGCAUCUCUGUCUCAAUUUUUAAAAUUUUGCUGUUAAAUGCAAUACUUUAUAAAGAAUGAACAAAAUUACUGGAAGCAGUAUUGUAAGUAAUGAAGUCAUAUCAAUCAGUUUUAUCUUUUGAAAGGCACAGUCUAAAAUGAAACCCUAAACUCAAUGCUGCAAGUAUGAAUCUAAUUCAUAUAUAAGAUAUAUUUAAAUAUAAGAGUAGCAAUACUGCAACUGGUGAUCACAAAGAUAAUGUUCUACUUCUGAUAGAAACAAUUUCUCAACAAAUGUUGUUACUAUGCAUGUAUAUGGAUGGAAUAAAAUUCCUGAUCAUUGGAGAUGUUUGGCAGUAUUUAUUUUUUCCUUUGUUUGCAAAGGGCAUAGAUAUCGAACAAUUUAAGUGAGCAACUGGGGAUUUGAGAACACUCUACACUAGAAAUAAAUAUUGCUGCAAACAGUUUAAAAGGUGAGAAUGAAUAUGCUGAGUCCUAUUAUAUGCAGGAUAAUUCUUUAACUGAAACUAAGUAAGACAUGUCAUUGAAGGAUAAAGGCUUGACUUCAACAUGCUGAAGUCAAUGGAACUAUGCUGCUUUACAUCAGCUAAGGAAUCACCUGUAUCUUUUAAUCUAAUCAGUGAUCUCUAAAGAAAAAACUACUUGCAUUUUUCAAAUGAAUAGUAAUUUUCUUUCAAGUGACUAAUCUUUUGUUUUAAACAUAUGUAUAGUCUAGGUUAACAAAUGAUAAAUGCCUUUU